UGCUCUAUAUAGGGAGACCGUGACCUGCCUCCAGUACAGUAGGUGGCGGUCCAUGGACCUUUCAAUUUUUUGCGAUCCGCCAAUACAAAUUUAAAGAAGAAGUCUCAUUAGCUAGCUGACAACUCUUCUAGGGUGUAUUUUUACAACUCUCAGUUGAAGUACAAGUAUAGUCUAUAGAUCGCAUAGGAAGAUGGAAGACGACGUUUUAACAACACUGAAAAUAUUAAUAAUUGGAGAAAGUGGCGUUGGGAAGUCCAGUCUUCUCUUGAGAUUCACAGAUGACACGUUUGAUCCAGAACUAGCAGCAACAAUAGGCGUUGAUUUCAAAGUGAAGACCAUCUCAGUGGAUGGGAACAAGGCAAAGUUGGCAAUAUGGGACACGGCUGGCCAGGAGCGUUUCCGAACCCUGACACCUAGUUAUUACCGCGGCGCGCAGGGAGUCAUCCUGGUGUAUGAUGUAACGCGACGGGAUACUUUCACCAAGCUGGACAACUGGCUCAAUGAGCUGGAGACGUACUGCACAAGGAAUGACCUUGUCAAGAUGCUGGUCGGGAACAAAAUUGAUAAGGAAAACCAUGAACUAGACAGGAACGAAGGCCUGAAGUUUGCAAGAAAACAUUCCAUGCUGUUUAUAGAGGCCAGUGCUAAGACGCGUGAUGGGGUCCAGUGUGCGUUUGAGGAGCUGGUUGAGAAGAUCAUCCAGACCCCUGGACUGUGGGAGAGCGAGACGCAGGGCCGAGGGGUCCAGCUGGGCCGGCAGGACCAGGCUGCAGGGGGUGGCUGUGGGGGUUACUGCUCCCUGGUAUAGAUUCACACGCAACGCGCGCACAUACAAAGCAUAGACACUCAUACACACAUACGAAACACACCCCACACACACUCACUUGAAAGACACACCCAACCAAACACUCACACUGAUGGCUGAUGUCCUGCGAUGAGGACUGUGAAGGCUAUAGUUUUCAGACUAUUUCCCACAUCAGCCCCUGAGGUGUGGAGUGAGGCAGGGCUGCUCCUGACCAGCACCCUCCGCUCACUGGCGGCGAUCAUUCAUAAGGACAUUGCUGUUUGCACACUUCCUGUUAUCAUGGCUAUAAGUCUUUCUGAAAAUGAAAUUAGUGUAUGACUUGGUGGAAUAGUGGGGGGGAAACACAAUAGGAUAGCAGAUGGGGUAUUAUUUUCAUUUAGAAAAUUAUUUUCUAUCACCUGUUCUCAAUUACGGUUGUAAUGAGUUUUGUUUGUCCUCCCCCUCUCAACACUUUUUUUCUUUGUAGAAUUAUUCCCCCCCCCCCUCCUCUUAGCAAGGCAAGCUAGUGCAUGUUAGCUGCAGGGAUGAUUCUCCAGCGUGUGCAUCUACCCUGUGUGAUCAUGCAGCCUUGUCCUCUAGUGCUCGCCCUCCUAACAGCGCCGCAGUUGAUUUUCUUAUCAGCCCAAGCCGUCAUGUAUUCUCUCUCUCUCUGUCUCUCUUCCACAAGCUGCCUCUUUUGUUCUAAACAUUAUACAGUCACAAAGUUUUACAACUUUUCCUGACUUGGACUCGAAACUUUCAGCAUUUUCUUGAAGGGUUUAUAAAUCAAACAGAUUGGCACAGGAGGGUUGGCUAUCCAUUGUGUGUAUGUGUUAUGAAAAAGAAAGUAAACGAACCAACGCUGCAUGUUUUGUUGGUUGUUCUAAUGGGCUGUGACCAGCCUGGUUAUCUGCCACUCGGACAGUUAAAUAUUAAUAUCAGUAUCAGCGCUAGCAUCAGUCUUGCUUCAGCUUUUCAUAAUGCAUCCCUAUAUGGGGAAAAAAGACAAAAAGAAAAGUUUUCUAUAUUAAAUAAUAUAUUGCAUUAUAUGGGUGUUAGUAUUGAAAUCAAAGAAGGUGUAAGACACUCUGUAAAAAAAAAUUUUUUUUUUUAAAUAGUUUUUUGCAAUGCUCUGUUUCCAUGUUCCAUGUCCUUAGACCUUGCCUGUAGUUCUUGAGAGCCAGGAAUAAUGUGUUGGGAAAUGUAGUUUUGGGUGACCGUACCUAUGACCUACGGUAUAUUUGUCAGGAGUGACACGGAUGCCUUUACAGUAUAUCUAAUCAGAAUAUAAUUAUUUCUUAUCCUUUUUUUUUUCAUUGCAUGGAGAAUUCUUUUACUUUUUCAUGUUUGUUCUAUAAAUGCCUUGCAGAGACAGUUGCAUUGUGUCUGAAAUGGCACUCUAUUUCCUAUAUAGUGGACUACUUUCAACCACCCUGGUCUAAAGUAGUGCACUAUAUAGAGAAUUAGGGUGCCAUUUCAGACACAAACUUGGACUGUAUGAACCACACAUACACAACAAUUGAGUUAAAUGUACCUUCAUCCAGAACCUUGCACACAGGUUUAGAGUAGACUGCAUUGGGAUUUUCUAUUUGUCCUGAAUGAACUAGACGUCUGCUUUUUGAUUGAAAUGAAUGAGACUUUAACUGUUGAACUUGUUAUUUUCUGUUUAUAUGCGACAACAUAUAAACACAUUGUAAAUUAAUGUGUGUGUUUAGGAAUACUUAUGAAAAUAUGUAUAAUUCCUGUAUGGAUUGUAAAAUUUGAAUGUAUACAUACUGCAAUUAUAAAACAGCCCUAUGUAUUAAAGUGAAUAAAGUAAUUUUUAAAGGA